AGCCUGCAAAGAUUCACGGGGGCGGCGCAAAGAGAGCCGAAGCUCAACGGAAAAGCCUAACCGCACGGAUUUUGAGCCCUGCAGUUGCGACCAGCCAAGAGAGAGAGAGAGAGAGAGAGAGCAAUUUGGAUUUCACUGCCUUUGUCGUUUCGUUUCGCUCGCACUACUUACCCCCCCCCUCUCCCUCUCUCUCCUAGCUGAUUAUUCUGUUUUCACUCUUGAGUGAGUCAAGGCCUGGCCUUCUUCCAAAGAUAAGGAUGCCCCAUCCGUGAUUCUUCUCUCUCUCUCUCUCUCUCUCUCUGUAACUGUGUAUAUCUAUCCAUUUACUUCCUAUUUAUAUGCUGAUCAACAUAUCUUAUGUUUCUGUUUAUUCCUCUCCAAACCAUUGUUUCUUUCUUCAAAUUCCCUUUCGGCUGCUUAAUUCCACACUUCUUCAUUGAUUCCGUCUAUAAUAAGCAUUGAAAUGCCAUUUUAGCUGAAAAUUCAAGCUUCUGCUUGAUUCUUCAGAGCGGAUUUCAGCUUGACACGCACUGUCUCGCUUUAUAGAUCUACUGCGUAUACGUACGUAUAUUACUGUACACGUGAACAUUAAUCUUUCGCUUGAAUUCGUCUUCGGAUAAGUUUGCUUCGUAAGAAACAAUUCGUACCUUCUACGGGACUGUUUAGGUUUUACGCUCAAUUGUCGCUUUCUCUGAUUGAUUGCUAUAAGUUGGGGGGUGGGGCAGUGUUGCUUGUUCUUCAGUAUAGAUUUUUUUGUUGUAUUUUCAGGCUAAAGAAUGCGUGUUUUCAGGUCUGUUCCUCUUCUCAGGUGAAUUCAAAUUAAGGGGGUUCUCUCUGGUUCUUCAUUUCUAACCUUGAUUGAAUAUGGGGACUUGGCUGGUGCUUUCUGAGCUGCUUCUUCUUUUGUCUGUGUUUCUAUCUGGAGUUGUAUUCAGUAAGGAGUGUACUAACGUUCCAACUGCAUUAUCGUCACAUACGGUUAGAUAUGAGCUCUCUAUUUCAAAUAAUGAGACUUGGAAAAAGGAGAUGUAUUCACAUUACCAUUUGAUUCACACGGAUGACUCUGCAUGGUCAAAUUUGCUUCCCAGAAAGAUUUUGAGGGAGGAAGAGGAAUUCAAUUGGAUGUUGAUGUAUAGAAAAAUGAAGAAUUCGGGGGGUUUCAAUGUCCAGGGGGAUUUUCUCAAGGAAGUCUCCCUGCAUGAUGUGAGAUUGGACCCGGAAUCAAAGCAUGGACAGGCUCAGCAGACCAACUUGGAAUACCUGUUGUUGUUGGAUGUGGAUAGCUUGGUUUGGAGCUUUAGGAAGACAGCUGGCUUGGAGACCCCUGGCAAGCCAUAUGGAGGUUGGGAGGAUCCAACUUGUGAGCUUCGAGGUCACUUUGUAGGGCAUUACUUGAGUGCCUCAGCACAAAUGUGGGCUAGCACUCACAAUGAUACUCUCAAAAAGAAAAUGACAGCAGUUGUUUCUGCUUUAUCCGCCUGUCAAGACAAAAUGGGUACAGGAUAUCUUUCUGCCUUCCCUUCUGAGCUAUUUGACCGUUUUGAGGCUAUAAAACCUGUUUGGGCACCAUAUUACACUAUUCACAAGAUACUGGCAGGUCUAUUGGACCAGCACUUAUUAGCUGGUAAUCCUCAAGCAUUAAAGAUGCAGAAAUGGAUGGUUGAAUACUUUUAUAACCGUGUGCAGAAUGUGAUAGCGAAAUACAGUAUUGAAAGGCACUGGCUUUCUUUAAAUGAAGAGACUGGUGGCAUGAAUGAUGUCCUUUAUAGGUUGUUUGCAAUAACGGGAGACCCGAAACAUUUAUUGUUGGCUCACCUUUUUGAUAAACCCUGCUUCCUAGGAUUGCUUGCAGUAAAGGCUGAUGAUAUUUCUGGAUUUCAUGCCAAUACUCAUAUUCCAGUUGUUAUUGGAUCUCAAAUGCGAUAUGAAGUCACAGGUGAUUCACUCUAUAAGGAAAUAGGGAUUUUCUUCAUGGAUAUUGUUAACUCAUCUCACAGCUAUGUAACUGGAGGUACAUCAGUCAGUGAAUUCUGGUCAGACCCAAAGCGACUAGCAAGCACUCUACAAACUGAGAAUGAAGAAUCAUGUACAACAUAUAAUAUGCUAAAGGUGUCUCGCCACUUGUUUAGAUGGACCAAAGAGAUGGAAUAUGCAGAUUAUUAUGAGAGGGCCCUGACGAAUGGUGUGCUGAGUAUCCAAAGAGGAAGAGAGCCUGGAGUGAUGAUCUACAUGCUCCCACUAGGCCGUGGACAAUCCAAGGCCAGAAGCUACCAUAAGUGGGGAACAAAAUUUGAUUCUUUUUGGUGCUGCUAUGGUACAGGCAUUGAGUCAUUCUCGAAGUUGGGAGAUUCAAUAUACUUUGAAGAUGUGGGAAAGAAUCCAGGGCUUUACAUCAUCCAAUACAUAUCAAGUUCACUAAAUUGGAAAUCUGCACAGAUAUUACUAAAUCAGAAAGUGGAGCCUGCCGUUGCAUGGGACCCUCGCCUUCAAGUGACAUUGACAGUGUCAUUAACGGAUGGUCUGACAUCUACCUUGUAUUUGCGUAUACCACUGUGGACACACUCAAAUGGCGCAAAGGCAGCCUAUAAUGGUGAGGAUCUGUCACUGCCAACUCCAGGUAGCUUCCUAUCAGUCACAAGAAAAUGGAGCCCUGGUGACACAAUUACUCUUGAAUUGCCAAUAAUCCUAAGGACUGAGGCUAUCAAAGAUGAUCGCCCGGACUAUUCUUCUCUUCAGGCAAUUCUCUACGGCCCUUACCUGCUGGCUGGUCUGACCAGCGGAGACUGGGACAUCAAUACAGGGUCAGCUAGUUCUCUUUCAGACUGGAUAACUCCGAUUCCUGCCAAUUACAAUUCUCACGUCGUCUCAAUUUCCCAAAAGCUUGGCAAAUCAACAUAUGUCCUCACAAACUCAAACCGUUCAAUUACAAUGGAGAACUUUCCUGAACCUGGAACUGACUCUUCGGUGCAUGCCACUUUUAGACUCAUCUUAAAAGACACAGCAUCUUCAGAAUCUUUUGAACGAAAGGAUCCCAUCGGGAACUCUGUCAUGCUUGAACCAAUUGAUUUGCCGGGUAUGGUUGUGGUGCAACAAGGAAGAGAAGAAAGCCUUGCUGUGGUGGAUUCUGCUGAUGCCAAGGGCUCUGUUUUUCGUGUGGUUGCCGGGCUGGAUGGGAGCGCUAGUUCAGUUUCGCUAGAGUCCGAAAGCUGGAAGGGUUGCUUCAUAUAUGGUGGUUUGAACUACCAACCAGGAUCAAGCAUCAAGUUGAGCUGCAGGUCUGGAUUUUCUGAUGGAGCAUUUGAACAAGCAACCAGCUUUACACUGGAAGAUGGAAUUGCUCACUAUCAUCCUAUGAGCUUCAUUGCAAAGGGGAUGAAAAGACAUUUUCUUCUUGCUCCAUUGUUUAGCUUGAGGGAUGAAUCUUAUACUGUAUAUUUCAACGUACAGUCUUGAAGACUUGGAAGUUGGGGAAGUGAAGAGUUAAGAGUUAUGGAAUAAUGGAAGGGUAGUGGUCUUAUAUUUUUCUACAUCUUAUACAGACUUUAUGGUUCUUGUUUUUCUUGCCAUGAGAUUAAAAUUUUCUUUUUAAGUCCUGUUUAGAUAUAUCGUUUAACAUUUUUAAUGUUAUUGACUAGAAGCAA